CCAAAAUCGGCAGUUGCGUUGCCGCGUUGCGGCGUCGCGAAACAGGGCAUUAUGGUAGGGUAACCAUUUUCUCGUGAUUUUUGAGUGUGGAUAGACGUCUCUCUGCGAUGGAUCGUAAUAAACUUAUUGCUUAUUUGUUAUUAAGAAGACAUUAUUCUAUCUUAAAAAUACGGCAAAGAAGAUACUGGAUACAUCCAUUAAGUAAGGGUAUGAAUCCAAAUGGCGAGUUCUUUUCUAAAAAAUACGAAGCAUUAAAGAUAGACGAAAAAAAAUUUGUUGCCUACUUUAGAAUGAGUAUAUCAUCAUUUGAAGAGCUAUUAAGCGAGUUAUCAAAAUAUAUACAGAAGAAAAAAAAUAAAGGAAGGAAACCAGUUACUGCUUUGGAAAUGCUGGGCUUAACUUUAAGAUUUCUAGCAACCGGCAGUGACUUUAAAACCAUGCAUACGAAUUACUUCCGAGGAGCAAGUACAAUAGCAAAAAUUGUAAGGACAGUUUGUCGCGCCAUAUGGAAACAUCUAUCAAGUCAAAAUAUACCUCCUAUAACAAAACAGGUUCUAGAAGAUGUCGCUAUUGAGUUUGACAAGAAAGCAAAUUUUCCUAACUGCAUAGGAGCUCUUGAUGGAGAUGAAGCAUUCUCAAUUUCGAAUAACGUCAUGCGCCCUUACUCAGGGAAACAUUUGUCGGUACAACAAAGAGUUUACAAUUAUCGACUGAGUCGUGCCCGAAGAUAUGUCGAGUGCGCUUUUGGCAUCCUAGCCAAUAAAUGGCGCAUAUUUCAUCGAUCUAUGAAUGUGCAAUACGAAUUUGCGACAGACAUUAUCAAGGCGUGUUGUGUAAUGCACAACUUUGUUUUGAAUCGAGAUGGAGUACAAGCGACCGAUGACAUUAUCUUUGAUGAUUCUGAUCUGCAAAUGUUGCAUUUGCCCACAGCAAAUGAAAAUAAUUUAAGCCCACAUCUAAUACGGAAUGAUUUUUGUUUCGUCACUAGUAUCCCACAAACAACGGUGUUCCUGAACCGAAGAUAUAAACAGAUCGACGUCAACGUCAGACAUUUUAAUUUUAAAACUGCUUCUCGGUUGAAACGUGUUGUUUGCAAGAGUGUUAGAAACAAACUGCAUCCUUGUCAACAAAAAAUCUAUGGUCUCUCGUUCCCUAAAGUAAACGAAAUGACAGUACAAAAAUAG